CGAGAAUAAUCUCUGUCAUGCCCGUUGCUAUCAACGUUACGUCGCCCCACGGUUUGAACUCGAAGACGUUCUCUCAACCGCCCCUCAACAACUCGCUGACCGUCCCGGAGCUGUACGACUGGCACCUCGAGCAUAGUCCUAACCACCCCACGUUCGUCUACGCCAGCACUACCAGAGACCGAACGGAAAUCACCUUCAAGCAAACCGUCCACGCCAUUCAUCGCGCCGGUCGCCUGCUCCAGACCCGCCUUGCUCAGCUUGGAGUGGAGGCUAAAGAUGGUAACGCGCCCGUCAUUGGUAUUUUCGCCAACACCGACAACAUCACGUACUAUCACACCUGGGUCGGCCUCGUAAGGGCCGGAUUUGUGGUCUUCCACAUAUCGCACCGCAAUUCCGCCGCCGCCGUCGCGCAUUUGUUGCAGAAGACGCACGUCGCACACGUCCUCGCCUCGGGAGAACACGGCAUAAAAUCGGUGCUGCACUCGGCUCUUGAGAUGGUGGAAACGGGACCCAAGCAGUGGGACGCCUACGUCUCCGACAUGCCUGUCUUUGAGGACAUCUUUACCGAUGAACCUGUGGAUCCUCUACCACAAAGGAAGUUCGGGCUCGAUGAUGUCGCGUUCUAUAUUCAUUCCUCUGGCUCCACCGCGUUUCCCAAGCCGCUGGGCUGGACCCAUGACACUUGGCUGACCAGCGCGAAUGCCUUCCUUCACUCCAAACAGGACUUAUGUGGUGAGAUUCUCAGCUGCCAUGCGAUCCCUAUGUUCCACGCUAUGGGCAUCUCUGCGACCAUGUUCACCGUUUACUGUGGCACGAUCCUCUCCGCCGCGAAACCUCAGCAUCCUCCAGCACCGGUUACCCCGGAGGCGACGUGGGAGGGGUGUAUGAUCACGGGUUCUCAGUACCUUUUCAGCGCGCCGCUAUUCGUCGAAACAUGGGCACGCGAUGCCGACAAAGUUUCGGUGAUGAAGAAGCUGAAGGGCGUCGUGUACGGCGGGGGACCGCUUGACAAGGUUAUUGGAGACCAUCUUGCGGAGCAAGGCGUGAACAUCUACAACCUCUACGGCUCCAGUGAAAGUGGCCUGAAGCUCCCCAUCAUCUGUGCCCCACCCGGCAAGGAUUGGGAUUUCUUUGAAUUCCUUCCCACCACACAUCCGGAAUUCCUUCCUUACGACGAUGGUUCCUAUGAAUUAAUCAUGGUCGACUGUGAAACACAUCACCCGCUCGUCCUCAACACCGACUGGAAUGGCAUCAAGGCGUACGCGACCAAUGAUCUCCUUGCCCCUCAUCCCCAGAAGAAGGGGUUCUGGAAGGUCGUUGGCCGAACGGACGACCAGAUCAUGCUCUCUAGCGGCGAGAAGACAAACCCGGGUCCGUUGGAGAACAUCCUUCGCCAAGACCCUCACAUCCAGCAUGCUGUCAUGUUCGGUCGCGGUCGCUUCCAGAACGGCGUCAUCGUCUUGCCACGGCCCGAGUUCGCGUUCGAUCCUUCCAACGAGCAGCAGCUUGCCGCCUUCCGUUCUGCGAUCUGGCCCACCGUGGAGCGCAUGAACGCCUUCGCGCCCCAGCAUUCGCGGUUGUUUAAGGAAAUGAUCCUGGUGGCUUCUCCCUCGAAACCUUUCUCGUUCACGGGCAAGGCCACUGCCCGUCGGCAUGCCAUCAUCAAGGACUACGAGCCGGAGAUCGAGGCGUUGUACAAAUCGGUCGAAGAGUCCGCGCAGGGCGAUAUCCCCUUACCAGCCGAAUGGAACGCGACGACCGCGAAGGAAUUCGUGAGGAAGAUGGUGCAAGGCGUGCUCGAGCAAGAGCUGAAUGACGAUGACGAUUUUUUCGAGUACGGGUGUGACAGUCUACAAGCCACUUGGAUCAGGAAUACCCUCACGCGCGCGUUGCGUGAUGUUGGCGCAAGCGCCGCCCGUAGUAUCCCAUUUGAUCUGGUGUAUCAAAACCCGACUAUCACAGCCCUCUCGAACUUCGUCACGCAAGCCGUUCCUUCGCCUGUCGACGAACAGGCAGCGCGGGUGCGCAAGGCGAAGGAGAUGGCGGAGCUCGUGGAGAAAUACUCCAAGGACUUCCCUGCGCACACCGGCACGGCGACGUCGUCGCCUGACGAAGGCCAGGUGGUCAUCCUCACCGGUACCACUGGUGGUCUUGGAUCGACGCUGCUAGCAGAACUGUAUGCGUCGCUGGCCGUUCGGAAGGUGUACGCGCUCAACAGGCGCUCGUCGAAGGGUGAAUCCAUCAAGGACCGUCAACGUCGCGGACUGCAGGAUCGCAACUUGGACGAGAGCCUGGUCGACUCUGAGAAGGUUAGCAUAUUGGAGUGCGACAUGACUUUGCCGGAUUUCGGUCUUGAAAAAGACGUCUUCGAGGAGAUGCGAUCAUCAACCACGACCAUCAUUCACAACGCAUACCGCGUGGAUUUCAACGUGUCGCUCUCCUCGUUCGAGCCUCAAUUGCUCAUCGUCCGACGCUUCAUCAACUUUGCUCUUUCAUCCCCUCGCUCCGUGCCCCCCUCAAUCCUGUUCACGAGCAGCGUUUCCGUCCUUCGAAACCUGGAGUUGCCGGAGCCAGCCAAAGAGGAUGUUGUGGAAGAUCCCUUGGUCGCGGUCGGCAAUGGUUACAGCGAAUCGAAGUGGGCCUCCGAGCGAAUCCUCGGGAACGCAUCCGCCGCUGUGCCAUCUCUGCGCACCAUCGUGAUUCGCGUCGGCCAAAUGAGCGGAGGAGCGACCGGUGAUUGGAACGCUGCGGAAUGGCUCCCCUCGUUAGUUGCAUCAGGGCCCGUCGUCAAGUGCUUGCCCGACCUGAAAUCGGUCGUUGCAUGGAUACCGCUUGACGCAGCCGCCAAGGCCAUGCUCGACUUCUCCCUCGCCGAUGCGCAAACCGUCCCGCCCGUCCUGCACCUCGCACAUCCGCACCCUGCUCCCUGGUCCCAGAUUAUCGGUCACGCCGCCAAGCGUCUAGGCGUCCCGCUCGUAUCUUACGCCGAUUGGGUUCAGGCGCUCGAGGCGGACCUCAAAUCCGCGUCAAAGUCGGAGGUGGAGCACAUGCGCGAGAAUCCUGCACUGCGGCUCCUACCGUUCUUCCAGACCGUAGGGAAGAGCCCGCUCAUCAGCGAGGACCACCCUGGAUUCGAGGCAAUGGCGAUUACGCUUAUGGAUAUGGAGAAGGCAAAAUCGGUGUCACCCCUUCUCAGGACUUUACCAUCGCUCGGGCCCGAGGAUGUCGAUCGCUGGCUCGCGUACUGGAGCCGGGUUGGUCUAUUGCCCGCCCAGUGAACGCCUAGUGUAGCGUACGGACAACGUAAUCUAGUAUUGUGAUGUUGACGGAUCGAGUUUUCGGAUCAUAAUAGUCCAGGAUCUCUUUCUCGCCAGCAACGGUGCUGAACACCCUAUCCUGAGGAGCGUAUUAACCAGAUGCGACAGUCACCGAAGCUGCAACGAGCCUUCGUCCGCAAAGGUAGACUAUAUCUGUAAUGCAGUCGGUCGCCGAGACCUUGUAGAAGUGAUAACCGUAGUUGGAAAGCG